AUGACAUCUAACUCGCUCUCUCACUGUUGUACAAUUGGCUCUCUUCAUGAUGGUGAAGCCAAGGGCGAGAUCAAAAAUAUCGGUCAUGUCUCAACAUACUUUGCAUAUCCCUCCGACAAAUCUACCGAAAACGCUAUCCUUAUCUUGACCGACGUGAUCGGGCACAAAUUUUCUAACGCUCAACUUAUCGCAGAUCAAUUUGCUGCAAAGGGCUACUUUGUCGUCAUGCCGGAUCUGUUCGACGGGGAUGCUGUCCCGCUGAACAGACCGGCGGGCUUCAACGUCAUGGACUGGGUGAAAAAUCACUUACCCCCACAGACAGAUCCUAUUAUCGAUGCUGUACUAAAAGAGAUGCGCGAGAGCCUCGGCUGCAAGCGUAUCGGUGGGGUAGGCUACUGCUUUGGUGGGAAGUAUGUUUGUCGGUAUCUCAAGCCGGGUAAGCUGGAUGCUGGGUUCAUGGCGCAUCCGACGAUGGUCGAAUCAGAUGAACUGAAGGGUAUCAAAGGACCGCUCAGUAUUGCAGCUGCGGUACGAGACUUCAUCUUCACAACUGUUAAACGACACGAGAGUGAAGAGAUUUUGGAUAGUCUCGAUUUUCCAUAUCAGAUCAAUAUGUUCUCAGAUGUGGAGCAUGGAUUCUCGGUUCGCUGUGAUUUGUCGAAGCCUCGACAGAAGUUUGCCAAAGAGCAAGCUUUUAGCCAGGCUGUAGCAUGGUUAGACCAAUACCUCAAGGAAUGA